GUGCACCCAGCCAGACUGCCGGCAGGUAAUGCAGUCAGUGAGAGAGAGCCAGGAUGGACAUCUCUGUUCUGCCAAACAACAACCACCCAGAGAAGUUCCUCCAACUGGACGUUGGGAUGCUGCCGGCAACACACGGCAUGUUCCAGGUCGGGGCAGUCAUGACCAGUCAGAGACAUUGGCAGAACAGGGUCUACUCCCAGAGGGAGCAAAGGAUAAAUACUCAAAGCAGGUCUCCUCCAUCCCCAGAGGGCACUCCUGUGGUGUUUGUGGACAGAUACCUGGAGAAGCACAUCACUCCAGUCACUCUGAAGUCCAACAUUAAAAGGAACCCUCUGUACAUGGACAUAAGAUCGAUGGAAGCAGUGGACAACAAGAAGUCCAAGCCUUCCUGGACUGUCAAGGAGUAUGACACGCAAACAAUCCACAGCAACCUUGCCGAUUAUUUAAAGGAAGAGAAGACUCCUAAAGAUCUGGAUUUUUGGCUCGAGGACCUAUACACACCAGGCUUUGACUCUUUACUGAAGAAGAAAGAGGCAGAACACAGAAGAAAAAGACUUUGUAUGAUUCUUUCUGCAAUUAUUUUGUCUGUUUGUGCUGUACUUAUUGUUAUUAUAGUGCCAGUUGUGGUUCUACAGAAGAAGAACUGAUUGCUGAGAACAUUUCAGGACCUCACCUCUUCGUAGGUGGUGGUCAUAUAUUAUUCUGUUUUUAUUUUGACGGAGAACUACAAGAAAGUCAACAGUCAUAAUGAACAUGUUUUGGCUGAAACUGCAGCAAACUCUCUAGGUACCAUGAACAUCCAGAGCAAAUGUUAAGGCAACCUGUCAAUUAGUUCCUGAAAUAUCUUGCUCUGCCCCACAGUGUUAGAAAUUGACAGAAAAAAGGUUGCAGUUGAGGACAAUUUAAACCUUAGAGGAACAUCUUUCCACCAUAAAAUUCAACUCGUUAUUCUGACUUCCAUGUCAGUGAAAAAUCUGUAAAUCUACAUUGAACAUAGAGGGUGGAGCCUAGUUGGAAAAAUUAGAGCCCUGCACAGGCCUCAAAUGUGGGCGGGACAUUCUACCAGAAGUGUACAUUAUCUGUCCUGGAAUUGUUACAGUACAUAAAACGUGUAUAAUCCAAAAAUGUCUAAAACUGACUAGAUGGUUGAUUUCUGACAGUUGUUCGGUAAAGUAAUUUGUC